GAAAGCGAAAGCGGCGACACGAAGCUGAGACCGAGAGAGAGACUGCGACAGCGUCCAGGAGCGAGCAGGAGCGUCAACCGAGAAAGCACCAGUAGCCGGCAUUCGGUCGAUCGAUGUCGCAUCAACACAUCACUCGCCACUCAUCCUUAUCAUCGCUUUCGUUUGUAUCAUCAGCAUUCAUUUACUAUUGAUUUGUCUCAUUAUACAAACUGAGUAUACACCAACAUGUGUUCAUCCUCGUGGUCAAAAACUUCUGCAGAAGACUUUCAAAUAGUGUUAUAAAAUUUUCCCCAACCCUUAGACUUUCUAGUAAGGACCUUAGUUGUCGUGUUAUCAGUUUUUAUUUGUAUUGUACAUAAUACUACAGAUAAUAUAGAAACUAUUGCAGAUAAAGUAUUCAUAUUUGAUAGAGAUUUAUAUAUGUCCAGUUUGUUGUAGAAGAGGGAAGUAAGAAGAAAUGGAGUUUAUUUAAAUCAGUACAAGUUGAUCAAAUCCUGUACAGUACAAAGAGGAGAGGUAAUUGUUGUCCGGUGGAGAUAAAUAACUUAGAAUAGACUGAACCGACAAGUACAAACUAGCUCAUUCUCAGCGAAAUCGCACCGAUCUCAGGACAAAACUUAGGGGAACUUAUUGUUGUUAAUAUUGUUGAGAUGGCACCGCGUCGCAACCAGCAGGAGGGCCUAGACGGCGCGGCCAUCGAGCGUCACGACGCUUCGACGACGCGUUGCUGCACGCCCGGCGACUGUCUGCGAGGAGGCGCCCUCAUAUCGGUCGACGACCUGCGGGACGCCAUCAAGGUGACUUGCAACAACGAGCACUGCAGCGCCGGCCCGUUCAUGCACCGAGAGUGCUUCGAGCAGUGGGAGCAGACCGUUCUCACCUACCUCAAGAGUUGCGGCCGGGCGCGAUCCUGGUCUGAGCGCCAACGCCACCAGAACCUGUGGACGAAGAAAGGCUACGACCUGGCAUUCAAGGCAUGCGGCUGCCGGUGCGGUCGCGGCCACCUCAAGAAAGACUUGGACUGGAUGCCGCCGCCUUGGCCGGCCGGUUUGCGGGCUGACGACGCCGAGGCCGCCAAGAAGAAGAAGCGCCGUCACAAGCACAACUCACGUCCAGCACUUGCCGUUUCCGCUCAUCACCUGCCUGCACCGAACCCAGUGGUCGUCGCCGCCUCCGACCUGACGAGGGGCCGUGCUGGUUCGCUGUCCUCGUCCAAUGGCUCGUCUUCGCCGCCCGCAUCCGCCUCCAGCAUCUCGCCCGUCCACUCGGGCUCCGUGGCUGCCGUCCUUGCUGGCAAGAAGAAGACGAAGUUCGACUUUUUCUCGGACAGGAGCAAUGUGAAUGGGAAUGGUAUCUUCUCUAGGCGGCAAGACUUCAGCUCGUUCAAUGCGUUGCCUCGCCACAAGCUCAAUUCUUAUCACAUCAAGAUGGAGGACGAAGGGAAUCACGGCAACGACGACACGCGCUGCUUCAUCCUGUCGACGCUGGCUGCCAACCAGAUGUGUCGCGUCAGCUGCAUACUCUGCACCGCGCCAAUGCCCGUCUUCGACAGAUACCCGCUCAUCGACGGCACCUUCUUCCUCAGUCCUCUCCAGCACAGCAAGGCCUGCAUAGAGACCAAACUGGAGGGUCGAACCCAGUACCUGACGGCCGUGUGCAUGGGCUGCCUGGAGGGGUGGGCUCCCGGACGAAGGCUGCUCUGCCGCUUCUGUCACACGCCCUGGGACGGCUCGUCUCUUGUCCUCGGUACCAUGUAUUCCUACGACAUCUUCGCUGCUAUGCCCUGCUGUGCUGAGAGGCUCAAGUGCACCAGUUGCCAGACAGCACUGCUGAUGCCGCACCAGAGGCUGAACUUCUUCAGCGACUACAGCCACCGCGUGGCGUGCCCGCGCUGCUCCGUGCAGGACUUCCACUUCGUGAAGCCGCUGGCGGCGUGCUACUCGCGGGAGUGGCCCUAACAUCCGGCGCGCGCAGAGACUAGGCGCGUCUCAGUCGUCGAGAAGUUUCUGCGCGACUCGUGGCAAAGCCAGCAGCAGCAGACCUGCUCCUCCUCCUCCAUAUUCGACAUUGCUGCCAGCAUCAGCGAGCUCGGCAUCUUCUGAGCUCCAACUCUCUUCUCAACCCGAACUCAUCGAGUUCCAACUGAGUGAGUUCGGACUCUAAUCUAAACAACCCCACCUGAAUGAGUUUGGCCUCCCCCACCUUCUACUGAGCACCUUCUCGCUCACCCUCUGUGCGCUGCACACUAUUGUAAGAUAUUUUAUUUGUUGUUUUUAAUUUAGUAAAUUUGUAUAAAUAUUGUUUAUAGGUUUCGAAUUCAACCUAUAGUUAUUAUUGUUUCUCAACGUGAUUCAAAAUUUGUUCGAUAAUAACUAUUGUUACGAGUUUAGUGAAAUUUUAGUUGAUUUUUCCCAACUGUACAUUGGAACAAACUUGGUUUUCCACAACACACUACAGUGCUAUUCACUAGGUUAACGUGUUCAAAGACGGAUGUUUUUAGAAUUUAGGAUAUUGUACAAGUGUCGUUAAGUAGGUGGUUCGAUAUAGGAAGUGAAUAGAUUUUAAGUGUGAUGAAUGUGAAUAACCUUUUCCAAACUAUCCUAGAAGAGAGAAUGGAAUUUCAAAAAUAAUGAAUGUGAUUUUUCAAGUGUGUGAUGGUUUUAAUGCAUGUGCUUGUCAAUUUCAAAAUACUCUACUUGAUUAUGAUGAGUUUCGCAUCCAUUUUCGAAUUUGGAAUGCAUUGUGGUAUUUUAUGUAUAAUAGUAUAUAGUUGUUAUAAUUAUACAGUAUAUGUAUACAGUAAUAAUGAAAAAAUGUGCAUUUUCAGUUGUAGCUGUUGUGGAUACAGGAUGAUCAUUGUGCAAUAGUUAUAUGUUUUUUCAAUCUCACAAAUCCUCUAAUAACCUGUUGAGAUUCCCCAGAGCUGCUUAAGGUGCUGGAUCUCCGAGUAAAUCUAUAACACUCAGAUUCAUAGGAGGAAAUUGAUCAGAAUAUAAUUAUUUAAAAUUUCAAAAUUCAAUUUGAAUAAUUUAUUAAUUUCUACAAAGUCAUUGAUUUCUAUAUAGCGUUCUAUUGACGUUCUCGAUGAAUAUGGAAAUUCAUCAACAUCUCUCCAGAAGAUUAUUCAAAAAAUUCAUUUAUCGAAGAAAUUCGAAAAACAACACACUCAAAACUAAUCCAAUGAACAGCUACAACGCAGAUGCAUAAUUUCAGGCCUACUGAUAUUCCUGGCAUGAAUUUAUCAAGUUGAUGUUAACUACAGUAUAUAUAGAUAUUUUAAUAAUGAUUACUCACGGAAUGCAUGUGAAUUUUCAUCUUUUGUAUCUGAAUGCGUAUUCAUGUAUAAUCAGCAUGCGUUUAUCGAUAUGUAUGUGAAUUCAACUUCCGAUAAUAUUAUCAUUGUAAGUUUCUUGAUGUUUGUUGAUAUUCUUAGUUUGAUGUUGAUACUUAUUGGUGUUCAUAUCCUAACCAGUCCUAACCAGUUUUAUGUAAAUUUCCGGUUGUAUUGAUAAUCUGGUUCCAAGUAGGUACUUGAAAAACGAAUCAAACUUAAUCUAGUUUGAAGUACCUAUUCUACCGACUGUUUUUUUAAAUACGCAACUCACUGUAACUGCUCAAUGGACUACCUACCUAAACAUUGACUGAUCAGUAUCAGUAAACCCUAUCAUUGAAUUCAUCCAUUAGAGAAAAAUAACACACUUUGUAUAUGUAUGAUGAAUUUAUAUUAUCAUCAACGGCCUGUAAUUUUCAAGAAUCAGCGACUGAAAACUACUCAAUUCUAAGUGAGGCUGAAUAAAAAUUGAUGUUCCGUAUGUACAGACUUGAUUUUGCUUUUACCAUGAUUAAAUAAACUUAGUGACUAGAAAUGAAUAAUCCAUAGUAAAGUCUAUAUUGUAUUGAUUUAUAAAAAUGAGAGGCAUGAACGUGAAAAAAGGUUCUAUUAGAUGUAAAUAUAAAUCAGAUAAACAUUUGAAUUUAAGUAAUCACAAUAAAUACUCUGAAGCAAACUAUCUACUACUAUACGAUACAACUUCUCCAUUUUGGAAAACGAUGGAAUUUUUGAUAUCGGUAUUGGAAAGGGCUGUCCUCGAAAAAACGUUAUUACUGUUUCAACACACCAUUUUAAUGAGAGAAGAAUGAUCGAGCAGGUUUUGCAUAGCUUGAGAUGGAAUUUGAAUGUUUCUAUGAAAGUAAUCCAACAUCUUCUCGUGAAAUAUUGGUUUACUCUCUUUUACUCAUGAUUAAAAAAGUCUGAUUAAAAAUUUGAAAACUUAGGUAUUGAUAAAAUUACAAUACAGGCAGGGCUUAAUUUGUGACGGUACGCACCGGUAACCCGUACUGUUACCUCUGAGAAGGAAAGGGAGUGAGUGAGUGAGUGAGAAAGAUCGAAAAAUAAUGCCGAAAUUUAUGCUAACGAACCUCGUAAUAACGAGAGCAAUAUCAAUUAUUUUGUUAACGAUUUUUCUCAAGAAGUCGCUAUUUUUAAACUUACUCGCUACUCCUAUAAAGUGAAUAUAAUUUCAUUUUUUAUUGAAAAAUAUGGAAAAAUACACAACUAAAAGCUUUACAAUUUUAAAAUCACUUUAAAAACGAGUUUUGAGGAGUUGAAAUUUCAUUUUUUUCUCCGGGGCGGGGGAACCCUGGACCCCACCCUCAUAGGUUUCCCCCUCCUUCUUCGUACUUCUAAUUUCUUGGACUUCUAUUUUCACAAGUUAAGCACUUACUAUAUGCAUUGAAACUAACAUCAAUUGUAUACUUUGAAUAUUUUAGUUGAGAUAAUAAAUAAUACGUAGGCCUACAGUACAUCCAGUAAGAAAAUCACCCGUAUUGUGACCUUUUUCCACAUUUUUCUUAUUUUAUUAUUCUGAUUUGUGCUCAUUUAUUUUUUCAAAUAUUUUGUUCAAAUUAUUGUUCGAUUUCUAUAAAUCAUUAUCUAGUAUAGAUCAAAGAUAAUCGUAUCACAUUAUUAAUACUUUACAUUACAUUAAUAAUAUUCUGUUAAUAUAUAUUUUGUCAUGAUUUUUAAUUAUGCGUUUCUAUAAUAAAAUAUCUUCGAUAUUUUUUGGUGAUUUUUGAUAUUCCAAAUUUAAAUUCACAAGAGAGAUUUGAGUCUGUAGUAAAACUUCAUAGGAGAGAAGUGCUUUUCCAAAUUGGUGUUACUCAAAUCAAUUUUGAGCUUUUAAUUGAAGAAUAAUCAAAAAAAUAUUAUUUUUCUCAAUUAGCAAUUUGACAAGAAUUCGUCCUCAUUCCUAAUAUGAUUGAUCAGUUCAGUGUUAUAACCACAAGAAAGAUUUGAGUCAAUUUAAACUUUUAUUGGAGAAAAAGUGUUUUGCAUUUUUGGUGAUACUCAAAUCGAUUUUGAAGGGACUAAAAACUGUUCUCAUAAUACGUUUUGUAUUCUUUCAUUUUUACUCUUUUACUAAUUUGCUUGUUUAAAAAAGGGUCACAAAUUCAACAUUUCAUUCACAAAAUUCAAAUUCAAUGCUUAGUAGAAAAUAGUUGUUCCCUUCACUUAGCCUACUUUAUUUCACAAAAAUGUUUCUGUACUUCUCUUGCAUAAUUAUUUGAUAACCAGUAAUAUUUAUAUAAAUAAGAUCUAUAAGCUUUAAAAAUUGUCCAGUAUUAGCCUAGUGUAUGACGUGCAUUAAUAAACAUGCCAUGCAUGCUCCUCCCUUUCAUCACAUGCUCAUCGCUUUCCACUUUUAUGAAUGCUAUGAUUAAAACUCGCUCAGGUAUCAUGUAGGGAUCAUCCGGUUUGAACGUUCUUGUAAAAUGGUAGUCAGUCAUUCUAUUCAUAUUCAAAUUUGAUCUUGUUAGAAUAUUAUAAGAAAGUAAAUUCAAUAUAACUUGAGACAAUACUUCAUCAACUAUUCUUCUGAGUUUGAUUAAAAUUUCCAUGAUUUGCUGUUUCAAGAAGAUAUUAUUGAAUCUGAUACUCAAAACAUCCUUUUUUGUUCCAAUAGAGAUCGAUACCCAGUUCUACAAAUCCGGUUUAUAGUUGUAUUUUAUUUGUACAUAUUGAAAUUCAACAAUAAUAUAUUCAUUAUACCAUUGUACUAUGGAUAUAACCCAUUUUCUUUGAAAAUUAGGAAAAUAGGUUUGCUUCGAUCUUUUUAUAGUAUUAAGGUAAACUUGAAUAUCAUCCAAUUUGUAAAGUAAUCUUUCUAUCAUUGAAUUCUUAUUCCACUUUUCGAUUGACUAUUGACCUACCUUUUAGGAUUUUUUGAUCCCCUAUUCUUGUACAUAGUUAUUAUCAAAAAUGUCCUUUUCUAAUCUUAUUAGGGUAUUUUUAUGAAAUUUAUAUAACCAAUUCUAUGAGCUUAGUAUUUAAUAGAUAUAUUGGUGCUUACCCCUAUUAUUAAGGUGAAGUUUAAUUUGAUGUAGGGUGUAUUAGGUAUCAACUCUUAUAUUUACUGUAAUGAAAAUCACCCACCCAAUAUUUUUCUCAUUUGAAAUUUUCACAUUAAUUAUGAUUAUUCCUUUAUCAGUUCAAAUAUUGAUUGUUCAAAAUCUCAACGAAAAUAAUAUUGUUCCUAGAUACAUUUUUCAUUUUGAUUGACAGAAAAUAUUGUCGAAGGAAAUAGAGACGAAAAAUAAAGUAAUUCUGUUUCAAUCAAACUAGUAAAUUACCUUAUUGGUUAGGCCUGAUCAAUAUUAUUUUUAUUCAAAUUCAUGUUCAAUGAUUCUGAUCCCAGAAUCUUCAAAUCAGUUAAGAAAGAUCAUUUUUAUAGCUUGAUUUUUUCACAGGUCGUAAUAAAAUGUCGAUUUCAUUUAACCAUUUGAGUUAACAAAUUCCCUACAUCCAACUUGUUAAAAUUAUUGUAAAUUUAUGUUUUUCAUUAGAAAUGGUCAACUGGUUUUGAAACAUUAUGCAUUUUUCAAUGGGAAUUAAUUGUAAUCUAUAAGACACAGUUAUAUUUUUGUCGAUGUAAAAUAAGUGCUGCUACAGAGCACAAAGUAUGUUUGAAUGGGAGUGAUACUCACUUUUAGUUGGAAUGUUCCAACAAUAAAUUUAAAAAAUAAGAGAGAAUACGAUGAAAGAUGGAUAUCAGUUGAAUGAACGAAUCCAUUGUAAAUCGCUGCUGGUACAGUGGACCAAUCGUGGUAAUUGGAACCAAUAAAAUAUAAACUACGAUUAUUCUGGAAUACUAAUAUUUUGGUUAAUCCCUUUUGGAGUGAGUGGAAUUUCGCUCACAAUAACGGGUUUGAAUCGGAAAAAUGAUGCUGCAAGUGCAACAGUAAGUUCAUGAUUUAUUUUUUCUUUCAUCAAAUAUUUUUCUAAUAACCUGAAUUGAACUAUACUUGCAUUAAUUCCUCAUAUCAGUUCCAUUAUAUUGAAGUUAUAUCUUAAAAAUUACAUAUCUGAGUCAAUUGAGCUUCGAACGGCAAAAUUAUUUCAUUACAUUAUUACAACACAUUCUGUCAUAUUACUUCAUGUAUUCAUUGAUGAAUAAUAAAAAACACGUAGCCUACGGUAAUCAUAAAAUGAUGAGGAAUAUUAUAUUAUUUAUCACAUGAUUAUGCAUUAUCUUCUCACAAUUUUUUCCCAAUUUCUUAACUGACAACACUAUUAUACAUGAAGUUCCCUUCACAAACUUGUAUAUCAAGUGAUUCUUAGUUCAAAGUUCUUAGAUUCUUAAGUUAAUAUCUUUUCAAUUUUAGAACAUUCAACAGAAUUAUUAAGUAGGUAGGUAACUAAGUUAGUGAUUUCCGUGUGCAACUCAUGUGUUGGAAUAAAUUGUUUAUUGUAUUAUAAUAAUAAUUUUCCCCACUCUAGAUGAAAUUAUUGACUCAGAUUUGUUAUUGAUGAUUAUGCUCCUUUGAGAUCAGUUCAAAACAACCAGAUUACUUAUUCAAUCGAUUAAUGCCAAUGUCUCUAUCAUGUAGAUAAUAUUGCUGUCUGAUAAUGUGAUCUUGUAUGUUCCAAGUUGGGAACAGUGUUGUAAUUAAGAAUAUCUACUCAUGCCUCUCCCUAAUAAUAAAAUUGAUAUAUUUAUGGUAAAAAAUAUCUACGGUAGAUUCUAAUAUUGUGCAAGGUUCCACUAUAGGCCUAAUUAAGCCAUAAACUAUCACUAAAUAUUAUAUGCUAUAAGAAUAAAUAUUUUCUCUCAGUGAAUCAAAUAUGUUGGAUUUUUUUGUUCGAAUAUUAUCCAUAAAAUAUUUAUUUAUUGGGUAACUUUAUUAAUUCUUAUCAAAAAUUGAAAUUGAAGAUUCAAAGCAAUGAUUAACUCUGGAAUAAUUAUAUCUUUGAUCCAAAAUAGAAAUAAUUAAUGAAACAUCUACAUCAAAAUAACUAAUAGAUCUCAAACGCUCAAUCACAGUAUGGUAUAGUAGCCUACAUCAUAAGCUUCUACAGGACAAAAAUAAAUGUCCCAAGUGUAAGGAUUUUUAAAGGUAUGCUCCAUAUUUGAAAAUGUGAGAAAUAAAGACUUCGAAGAAUUCAAAUUUUUCUCAUCAGAUUAUCCUAUGCCCCAAAAUGAUAUGGUAAUCACUCUUCAUUUCCCUACAAAGUGUCAAUUUAAAGAAUAUCUAUUCCAUUUAUGAGGAUAUCGAGAAUCCAUCUCGGAUAGAUAGAUCCAAUUCUAAUCUAAUUACCAGAAGCCCAUGAGAAAAAUUUAUCGACCAUCAUAAAAUUUCAAUAUAGCUUGACAAUUGACAUUCAAAUGAAAUAAGUUUAUAACUUAAUCCACAAAAUCAUUUAUUUUCGGGAUAAACAAGUUCAAGUGAAUUUUAUCCUCAUUAUACAGUUUUCUAUAAACCAAUUUUUGAUUGUAAUAUUUCAUUUCUCUUCAAAGGAUUACCUUUAAAACACAUAAUGACUAAAUAGAACAAAACUAAAGUCUAAAUAUCAUCAGAAUACUCCAUUUUCGGUGUUUUUAUAUUACUCAAUAAUUAUUUAUUCAUUGGAUGAUAAUGGAUAUUAUAAAUUGAUCCCAUAUAGGUUAGCCAAUUUUGCUUGAUAGGCGAUAUAUUGAGAUUAAAGAUAAGCAACAACCAAUUACUAACCCCGAAUAUAAUAUAUAAUAUGCCUCUGGCGUUUUUGUAUUUUUGUGAUUGAAGGCCUACACCGAAAUAUAUCAUUGUUGGCUACAGUUUUAAAUCUAAUUUGUCUCAAUAAACACCUAUGUGGAGUGUAUUUCUCUGAAGUCAGAUAUGAGUUUGAAAAAUAUCUCAAGUAUUCCAUGUAUUAAAUGAGAGAUUAAUAUCAGGAAUACUAUAAGUCACCCGAACACAACAUCGCGAAUCUAUGUCAAAUGCACAAAUAAAUAAAACCACAAUGCUUCAAUACUAAAAAUGAUAUCAGGGUAUUUUUAUACUGAACCAUCAAGUGUUCCGCUGAAUAUUAUUCAAGAGUGCGAGACUAGAUUUUUCAAACUAAAAUGGAAAUUAAAGUAAGAUUUUCUAACUUUUUCAAAUGAGAUUUAUAAAAAUUUUCUAUUGAAUUAAUGAAUAAUGGAGUAAAGUCGUUUGAAAGGUUAUACGUUUUUGAUGAUAAAUGUGAAGUUGAUGAUAUAUAAAAAUAAAUUGAUAAGCUAUUUAACUUUUGAUGUUUAAAAACUUUUCGAAAUUCGUAAACAAACUUAUUUUUAUUGCCAGAAAGUAUUUUAAUAAUGUUAUAUUUCUACAGAACCCUCAAUCUUCUCUUGAUGUUGUGGCAUAGAUGUUUUACUUUUGCAUGUAAUAAUCUAGCUUAAUAUUUUCUACCUAUUCUUAUCGUACCUAUUAAUAUUGUAUAUGGUUGUAAUGAUUGUUACAGCAUUAGUGUUAACUCAGAAAUAUUUGAAAUAAUAAUAAUUGUUACAGUAUUGAUGUUUACAGAGAAAUAUUGGACAAAUGCUUUAUACAUAAUAUAUGAUGUGAGAAAUCAUAUACAAUAAUAAUUAUUAUUUCUUAUUCAUGAUAAUAUAUAUCAUUAUAAAAGGCCAGUAGUUUCAAAUGUACCCCCCAUAACGUCUAUUCUUCAACCUACUUCUAUCAAUCUUAUUAUCUUUGAAUAGUACCGUAUCUAUAUGAAUAUAAUACCUACUAGUGUAACCAGCAAUAAGUCAUUAGCCUAUAUCGUUCAUCCCGUAUUUUUUUUAACUGUAACUUACUAAUGAUAAUACAGGAAGUAUUUCUGUUUGCAUCCCAGAUGCAGUUUUUUGAAUUUCAAUAAUCAUUAUAAGAAACUGAUAACAGUCUAAAUUCCAAGUAUGUGUAUUAUAAUCGUUAUGGAUGUAUAAAGCUAUGUAUAAAGCUAUAAUUUACAUGAGUUCUCUUGACAUUAUUCAAUCAUGAAAUAUUCAGCGUUCCAGUUCAAUGGAGAUCUAGCAUAUUAUUCAUAUGCGCAAUUUUCUGUUGAUGCUACAAACUUGUUGUUUGGGAAUCUUCCAUUGAUCUACACUUGGAUUAAAUCUUUGAUUUACACUUGAACUUAUCUUUAGGCGAUAAGCAUUAUUUUGCUAUGCAUGAAUGAAAAUGGUUGAUGUGUGUGUAAAUAAUGCUUGGAUUUUGUUGAUUGAUGAGUAAGUAGUUACAUUUGGAAAUUGAUUUCCAAGCUUGUAUGGAUAACUAUCAUUACUACCUACACUCAGUGUUAUUGAAUGUUAUUAAUGUACCCUUUCCAAUCGGAACCCUCUGUGCGUGAAUGACAAACUUUUUAGGAUUGUUUGACUACGAUGGUAUAAAUGUAUAUGUAGAAUAAAGAUGUUAUAUUCAAAGUAAAGAAAAAUAUAUAUUCAUCUGUAUGGUAUUAUUCGAAAACAUGGAUACUCCAAUUUGUAAAAAUGAUUCUAGCUUUCUUGCUUCCCAUAAUAUACUGGACAUAAAUAUUUUAGGGAGAGAUUUAAGACAGUACAAAAUAACAUGUGCACCAUCCAUUAACAGAAAUAUUGAAAUCGUAAAGUUUAUUUGAAAAGAUUAUUGUUGAAUGUUCAAUAUAAUAAAAUUUAUUUAAUACUCGCAUAAAUAUUAUUCAAUAUACUACUGAUAUGAAUAUUACAAAUUUGGUGUAUCAGAAAAAAUCCUAUGACAAAUGUACAAUUUUUAGUGCUUGUAGUUAACAAUUCGGAGGCUAGUUAAUAUUAAUCUGACGAUUUAAAAAUAUUUGGUUAAAUAUCAUAGAAUAAAUUAUCUUGAAAUAAAAAUUGAUUGUAAUUAUAACAUGUAAUGAUUAUGGUGACAGGAUAUAAAAUAGGAAUAAUACGGUACCAUCACAAUAAUUCAAUAUCAAACUUAAAAUGAGUUCAAAUAGGGCUUUGGUGUUUGCAGCAAGGUAGAUAAAUGCACAGCUUGAGAAAACUUAUCGAAAAUCAUUUGCUCUAUACUUAGAUAUACGGGUUGAAAUAAAUUAUUAUCAACAAAAACUUUCAAUGUUGUGUCCCAUUUCUCAACGUUGAAGGCUAUGGGUUGCAAUUGAUGGAUUGAUAGGAUUUCAUUUAGAAAAUAUCAAUGCAGCUUUUUGAACCAUCAAUGGUCUUCAAUGGUCUUUAAUGGCAUGCUGGAUAGAAAUUCUAAAAAUAUUACAUUGAAGUACACGCUAAGGAUGAUUGAAAAUAUUUAUUGUUUAUUGUAGACCCUACCUCGGAUGUAUAACAAUAUGGUACAAAUCAAUAUUGAAGCGAAUAAAAAUUUGUUAAGUAUUACAGAUUCUCGAUUAUUAAGGAAUUACGACGAUAAAUCUCAAUUUAUUAAUAUUUGUGCUACCUCGAAAAUUCACUAUUAUUCGAUAAAAAACAUUCUCAGUGUCAGAGACUACCUCGAUAGUUUAUAUACGUGAUCAUUCCCGCAGAAUUAUAUUAACUCUUGGUCUAAUGAUAAAUUAUUCAAAUGAUCUUUUAAAUACGGUACAGUAAAUCAAAUAAAACUCUAGAGAAAUUCAUUUUUGAAAAUAAUGAAAAAAGAUUAUUGAUUUGAACACUGUCAUUCAUUUUUUUGCAAUUAUCUUGAUUUUUUUCAAUUUUCAAUAUUGAGAAAUAUGACCUAGUACAAACUGACUAUUAAAAAUUCUGUUUGUCCCUCUAAUUCUAUGAUUUUUUCAUGAUAUUGAAACGGAAAAGUUAAUAAUGUUUAUGAUAAUAUAAUAUUGAUUAAUAACAUCACUGUAUUCAGCAAUAAUGAAUGAUAAAAGAUAUUAGAAUUGAAUCUCUCUUUUGAAAAAUCUUGACUUUUCUUAUAUUUCUUAAUAAUUUUCUUAUUGGCUAAUUAAAUUGAUGGAGAGAAAAAACAGUUUUACAAACUCUAUCAUUCUCAAAAACAAUACUAUUAUUUUCAUAAAAUUUUCGGUAAACUGAUCACUAUAUGACUACCGUAUUGAAAUUGUAACUUUUCAUAAUAAAUGCGGUUUUAAAAAUGCAAGUAUUAUUCAUCACUGAUUUUAUUUUUAAUGCCUUGUUUUGAAGUUUUAUUCUCCUGUUUUUUCCUAUAGUGAAUUGACAUUCGUUCUCUAAUCGCCAUUCAUCUGUUGUAUCCGUGGAUUUAUAUUUGUUAAAUAAUUGUAUCUAUGCAAUUGACUCAAACUAGCAAUACUUACAUGAAGUACAAAUUAAUAAUGUUCGUUUAUUAGCGUAUUAAUUAAUUAUCAUUUUCUAGCAGAUAAAUUUCAGUUUUGAAGAAUGCUUUCAGAUGUCUUAUUAUAUGAAAAUGGAAAAAAUGUUAGUUCAUUGAUUGUAACAAUUAUAGUCAAUUUAUGUUUCAUUCCAAUCCCUUGACAUUUUUAUACUCGAUUUUUCAUAAUCACAUUACAAAUUAUUGUUAAUGCAGGAAAAUAGUACAAUUGCAACCUACAUCGUACAAUAACCAAGAAAAUUUAAAUUUCUUGUAUGUUGAAGUGUCUAAUAUAUAAGAAUUAUGUUUUGGAGCUCAGAUACUUUAUUCAAUUGUUGAUGUGGUAAUCUAUUUCAGUUUGAAUCAAGUGGAAUAUCAUCAAUUCUGUUCCUGAUGAAUCACAAUAUUAAUUCAGAAUAAUUUCCAUUUAUAAAUAUUUUUUUAUUUUUUGUAAAUAAAUUAGCCAAUUUUCGUGAAAGCAUAGUUUGGUCAAAUGGAGUAUUGUAUUUUAUAAUAAAAAUAAAGGAAUCUUUAUAUUUUAGGUUCGAUAAUUUCUCCUACCUCUUAAUAAUAUAGUACAAAUGUAUGUGUAAAAAUAUUGUUUUAAUCGAUCUAUAGAAAAAUUUUAUAUAGCUGUAAUAAACGCAACAGUUAGCACGUUUUCUCUGUACCUCAGAACAAUGGAUAACUGUUAUGAUCAUGUUUAUUGUCCAUGUAUUUAUCUUUGCAAACUAGUGAAUUUUUAUGUAAAUUUAAUAUUGAUGGUUUCUAUUGUAGGUUGAAUAAAUAGUUUAAUUUAUAAAAAGUUGCAACGACUCAUAUUUGCCAAAUUAGUUUGAUUGGAGUAUGAUAGUGAUCAUCGAUCGAGUGUUCAACCUGUCUAUCGUAUCCUAAUCAAUCAGUUUUCAAUGAAUUCCAUGCAAGAUGUAGUGGAUGAUAGUCAUGUACUUACAUUACUUUAUUCGUGUUGUGUUCGCAAAUAAAUAAGUCCAGUGUAAAUUAAGCUUCUAAAUAAUUUUUCCAUUAAUAAGUCAGAAAUUUAAAAAAAUAGAAAAACAUUACCCGGUGAUGAUGAGAAUGAUACAAAGUCAUUAUCUAUCAUAUCUUUUUCUUGUUAAUAUAAGUUGAAUUUGUAUUUAUUGUUAGAAUGACUUUUAGCAGGAUAAAUUGAAUUUCAAUUAUUCUGUUAUUUCUCUUGUGAUUUUCAGAAAACAAUCUAAUAUCCAUUCCAACUACCCUUGCCUUUUCUUUAAAAAUGCAGCACUGAUUUAUGAUGAAUAUUCAAAUUUCAUAACAUUCAUAACUUAGAUGGAAAAAUCGGAUAACCUAAAUACAGCUUUCCAGUGUUGAGCUUUGAUUGUACCUUGUGGAUUGUGCAUUGGAACACAAUUUCUCAGUCAUAUUUUAUUAUACCUCAAUUCCAAUACUAUGCUCAAAUUGCCUAUUCAUUUCCACUGUAUUUCAACUAUCAUCAUGAGUAUACAGAAGCCUAAACUGCAUUAUUUUUUCAAUUAAUAAAAAUUAGACCCACAGACAGUCCGGUAAGAUUGAAAUUUUAACUGAAUGGAGUAUGCUUUUAUGAAUGUAGAAUUCAAAAUAAUAUAGGACUAUUAGUGUAUACAAUAUCAUUGAUUGUUAAACGUAAGGAAUUCUGCCAGAGGGAAAUAUUAUGAGUAUGUAAGGUGAUGUUGUUUGUGAUCAAUAUUAUAAUAGUUUCUUUUUAAUUAUAAAUGUAGUGUUAUCAUCGUUACUCAGUUGUGUAAUAAAAAGAAUAAUUGAUUUUUUACGUUGAAUGUUUAGUCUUACAAUUUUUUGAUACUUUCAAGUAAUGCACCCAUGUAUUCUUUCUCAAGUGUUUUUUCAAACUUACUGUAUUAUUUUCAAGUGUUCUCAUGACAUGAGCUUUUGGUGUCAACUUUCCAUAUUCAUAAUAGGAUUUCUGUAACUGGAAACAAGUUGAAAAUCAUAGAAAUAAAUGAAACAUUAUUAUUUGAAA